AUGGACGUACCCGAUCUCACACCGCUGCUGGAGCAGCUAGAUGAUAACGUUGACGAUUUGGAGGAGAUUCUGGGCCCAAUUUUGAAGAGCUCGCUCACGGAGACGUCCAAAAAGCUUCCUGUGCUGGACAAGGCGAAAUUUCACGUCUUGGUCACCUACGCGCUGGAAUCAUUAGUCUUCUCCUAUCUCCGUCUUCAUGGAGUGAACGCUAAAGAACAUCCCGUGUUUCGGGAGUUGACGCGGGUAAAGCAGUACUUCGAGAAGAUCAAAGCGUUGGAGACAGAGCCUGAACAGCGGACGAUGAAACUCGACAAGGAAGCCGCAGGACGCUUCAUCAAACAUGGACUUGCUGGCAAUGACAAGCUGGACAUGCAGCGGAAAGAACAGGAGGCCAAGGAGAAGGCGCGCGCACAGAUGAAGGCAUCGCUACUGGCCAAGAAGUCUGGAUCGACACCGGCAGAAUCAUCCAAAAACCCUACGAGCGGAUCGGAGUCCGGCUCGGACGAAGGAUCUGAAGGCGAAGCCGCGGAGAAACAGAAAUCCAAAAGCAAGGGCAAGAAGAAGGAAAAAGCCGAGGGGUCUGGCGACAAGUCAGCCAAGAAGAAGAACAAGCGAAGCAAAGAAGGCCGCAAGGAGGAGAGCAAAGAGCGGAGAAAGAAGAAGAUGGAAAAGCGGAAAGCGAGACAAUCAUAA